AUGUCCAUCACUGGGCAUUCCGAUGUCGACAUGGAGUCGUCGUCGGCAUUCUCGCCGUCUGAGCCAGCCGUUGACGACGUUUUUGUCUCAAAGCAUAAUCAAAGCGCUGAAAUCUACCAGAUCUUCAAAGACGAUGUCGAUGCUUUGCUUUCUGGACGCAUUCCGCAGCUUGAACAGCCUGCACUUAUUCAGAGAAUACUUCACACUAGCGAAAACUUGUAUGUCGUGUUUGAAGACGAAAAACAACAUUUGAUGGGCGACGUACUCCUUUCAUGGGCAAUGAAGCAGCAAAGGGUAAGCAUAGGAACCCUAUGGACACAACAGAUACACUACAAGCAACUGGACGUGAUACACCUACAGUUCGAGUACUUUGGCGAAUUACUGCAACAAACUUUGUCUGGACUCACCUACUUGAAGCAAUAUUUCCCCAGCCCUUCAUUUGAUGAGGCAUACAAUCGAUUCUGCAGUAUGGCACAUUACUUCCUAUACUAUUCGGUCAUUGUCAGUCGACAACCACCAUCUGUAGUCGUCAAAUGCGGCGAAGCGGAAAAUCAUCGACGGAGUCGAUUCUGGUUCAACACCGAAAUAAGAGUACUGGGUGGACAAGCGUUCGGCGUUGAAGCGGUUGGAGAAGGUGCCGAAGUGAAAUGCUACCUGAUCACAGAUGAAACAGCAAAACAACUGCUGAACAAUGCUUAUCUAGAAAUAUUCGAAUCCGAGGAAUUCUGCAUUGAACCACCAUCGGCUGUGUUCCAGAAGAAGGAUACCCGAGGAUUAAGAGCGAAAUUCGACGAUAUGCGUGUUGCAAAAAAGGCUCAACUUCGACGAGAUUCUGUGGCAUCGAAACGAUACUGUCUCUGUUACAGUAUUCGACUGAAAACGAAUUGCGGCUUGGAGCUGGUUGGCAAGAAGGUCUCACUCCCAUUUGCUGUCUUGGUAGGGCCCAAGUCCGAUGUCGAAGCCAGGCUAUUUUUGGAGAGGUCCUUCGCCGAUCUGGUCCGACACCCUCUUUCAGAUAUUCCAGCGCAUGUAUCUUGCACUGAAAUGGCCGAUGCGUUAGAAAUGAAGUUUCAGGCCAUAGUGGAAACACCUCAGAAGAACUCCGACGGCCCAGCGGUUGUACAACCUCGAAUGUUCACCAUGCAGGCCAAACAGCAUCUUGUGAACCGCCUCAAACCAACACAGCAAGGUUUCAUUGCGUUGGACAAUUUCAUGAAGUUGCCGGUCGCGGAGGAGUAUCAAUUACGGAAAAACUCCACAACCGAGGGCGAAUGGAAGCUCGUGCCAUUCUUUGAAUGGUUCUUCAGAUUGGCCGAGAUUGUCAACAAAUAUCUGUACAGUAUGUGGUAUGAUGGGCUAGUUUUCGGAUUCUGCAGCAAAGAAGACGCAGAAAAUCUUUUGCGAUGUGUACCACGAUCGGUGUUAUUAGUUCGAUUUUCGGAUAUUGAAUAUGCGAAAAUUAAAAUUUCUGUGAAGGAUAGAAACGGAGAUAUUCGACAUCACUGGUAUGAACAUAGCGAUCUAAACGCAAGAGUUCUAUCAAAGGAAUUGCUGGUCAACCAACGAUUCUCUCAGAUUGACUUGAUUUAUCCGGACAUAGACAUGGAGGUAGCUCUCGGAGGACGGGAAAAACCGCGAGUACGAGUUCCACGAAAUCUCCAGCCGGAUGAGAUCUACUUUGACAAUCAGGGCGCCGCAACGUCGGCUUUCUAG